AUUAACCAUUUUUCUUCAUAUUCGUAAUGUAUUCAAUGAAUUCUGAUUGAAUGUUAUUUGAAAAAUCAAUCGAUCGACAAAACUACUUGAAUAAUAAUCUUAAUAAUGGGUAAUUGUUGUAUAAAAGAUAAAAUUCCUUCGGGAUCAGUAUCAAAUGGAUACCCUGGUGCAGAUAUAUUACGACAACCACAAUCAUCAUCAAUGAAUGUUCCAGUUAUGACUGGACCAGUUAGUGGUGGUGGUAACCAUCAAGGUUUUAGCGGUUUAAAUCAUGAAUCAAUGAAUCUAAAUGGUGGUGGUUUAUCAUCAAAUAUGAAUAAUCCAUUACCAUUAUUACCAUCAUCGAUUGAUAAUAAUAAUGGUGUUGGUGGUGGUAUGGUUGAUCCAUCAUUAUCUGCGAUAAUACAACAACAACAACAAAAUUCUGGCAACGGAAAUAUUUGUACAAAUUCAUCCAACAACAAUAAUAAUUUAACGAAUGCAAAAAUAUUUGUUGCAUUAUAUGAUUAUGAUGCCAGAACUGAUGAAGAUUUGAGCUUUAAAAAAGGUGAACAUUUAGAAAUUAUUAAUGAUACACAAGGUGAUUGGUGGUUGGCAAUGUCAAGAGUGACCAAAUUACAAGGUUAUAUUCCAUCAAAUUAUGUUGCUAAAUUGAAAUCAAUCGAAGCUGAACCAUGGUAUUUUGGUAAAAUUAAACGUAUUGAAGCAGAGAAAAAGCUAUUGUUACCUGAAAAUGAACAUGGUGCAUUUUUAAUUCGUGACAGUGAAAGUCGUCGAAAUGAUUAUUCAUUAUCGGUACGUGAUCAUGAUACGGUUAAACAUUAUCGUAUUAGACAAUUGGAUGAAGGUGGAUUUUUUAUUGCAAGACGUACACCAUUUCGUACAUUACAAGAAUUGGUUGAACAUUAUAGUAAAGAUGCUGAUGGUCUUUGUGUUAAUCUGAGAAAACCUUGUGUUCAAAUUGAAAAACCAACGACUAGUGGCCUUUCACAUAAUACACGUGAUCAAUGGGAAAUUGAUCGUAGUUCAUUGAAAUUUGUACGAAAACUUGGUCAAGGACAAUUUGGUGAAGUAUGGGAAGGUUUAUGGAAUAAUACAACACCGGUAGCUAUUAAAACAUUAAAACCAGGAACAAUGGAUCCAAAAGAUUUUCUUACUGAAGCACAGAUAAUGAAAAAAUUAAGGCAUGCAAAACUUGUACAAUUAUAUGCCGUCUGUACGAUGGAAGAACCGAUUUAUAUUAUUACAGAAUUGAUGAAAAAUAGUAGUCUUUUGGAUUAUCUACAGGGAAAAGGAAGAAAUAUGAAACUGCCACAAUUGAUUGAUAUGUCUGCACAAAUAGCUGCCGGUAUGGCAUAUUUAGAAUCACAGAACUAUAUUCAUCGUGAUCUGGCAGCUCGUAAUAUACUUGUUGGUGAAAAUAAUAUUGUAAAGAUUGCCGAUUUUGGUUUGGCACGUUUAAUCAAAGAAGAUGAAUAUGAAGCACGUGUUGGUGCUCGUUUCCCGAUCAAAUGGACAGCACCGGAAGCAGCAAACUAUAGUAAAUUUAGUAUCAAAUCUGAUGUUUGGAGUUUUGGUAUUUUACUUACCGAAUUAGUCACCUAUGGACGUAUACCAUAUCCUGGAAUGACGAAUGCUGAAGUUUUAUUACAAGUUGAACAUGGAUAUCGUAUGCCAUGUCCACAAGGUUGUCCACCUACACUGUAUGAUAUAAUGUUAGAAUGUUGGAAUAAAGAACCACUGAAACGGCCAACAUUCGAAACAUUACAAUGGAAAUUGGAAGAUUUUUUUACGUUGGAAGGUUCCGAAUAUAAAGAAGCAUCGAUGGCCUAUUAAUUUUAUUCAUUUUGGAUGAUGUCAUUUUCCCUCCCAUUUUGUAUUAUAUAUUUUAAAUUUUGAAUGAAAUUCACCGGUCAUCAUUUGCCAUAAUCCAUCGUUCGCUCUCAAUCAAUCAAUCGAUUUUUAUUCAUCAUCAUCAUCACCAUUCAUUCAUUUUAUUAUUAGCUCCCAUUAAUUAUAUUUCAUCGUUUUUUUUGUAAUCUCCAUUUCUAUUUAUACAUUACCAUAUAUAAGUUUAUAUA